AUGGAUAGUAACCAGCAUAAGGGUUCAGAUAUUGCUAGAAUGAUUUGGAUUGUGGGAUCCCCAAUUAUUUUUACCAUAGGAGUUUUCGGUAACCUUAUGACAAUUAUUGUACUCAACGGUAAGCGAAACAAGUAUACUUCAUCUACUGUGUUUCUGACAUUUUUAGCAGUCGCAGAUUUGAUAAUGAUGGCUAUAAUGUUACCUAGAUGGUGGUUAAUCUAUUUGUUUGGCUUCGAUGUCCGGCAUAUUCAUAACAUCAUUUGUAAAAUACAAUUCUUUUCAACUUACUUUGGCAGUGGCUGGUCAGCUUCUCUAUUGGCAGCUGUAACAAUCGAGCGUACCAUAUGUACAGUGAAACCUUACAGAGUAAAAACAAUAUGUAGUGUACAAGUUGCAGUAAUAACAUCACUUUUCCUAGCACUUACAUUGUUUGUAAUUCAUGGACAUGUUUUGGUUGGCAUUAACCUUCAUGAAAUAAUAUACAAUGAGGCGUAUCAAACAAAAACUAGUUCAUCGAUGAAUGAUUCAAUAAAACUUUCGGCCAAUACAUGUGAAAGUAUGCUGGACAUGCUUUUUGAUACUGAAAGAAGUAUGUUAAUAAAUACUUUAAUGUUAGAAGAGGAUUGCGGUUCAAGCGAUGCAUCAAGAAUUGAUGACUCCUUUGUAAACAAGAUUUCAAAUGAUGAGCUAAAUGAUGUUAGAAUGAUCAAAGUAUGCUGGUAUGAUGAUUUACGAUAUGGACAAUAUUUCUCCGGAAUUCAUCAAAUUGUAGCAAGUAUUUGUUAUUUAAUUAUCCCUGAGACAAUAUUCUUUGUCGGCGGCCUUAUUAUAGCAAGGAGUCUUCAUAAAAGUAAAAUAAUGCGCAAGGGUAUGAGGACCAAAUUCAUGCGAACAUCGGGCUUUAAACCAGCUUUUGAUUCUCGAGCCACGCAAAUUACCCUAACAUUGAUUUUGGUCAACAUAGUUUUUGUGUGUACGACAUCACCUGCGUAUAUUUUCUUGAUGGGACGAUCAAGCUGGGUUGAUGAGGAUACGGGGAUGACAACAACACAGGAAAUAAUAUGGGCGGUUGUAAAUAUGAUGAUCUAUAUCAAUCAUUCGAUCAAUUUUGUCUUGUAUUUUUUAAGUGGAUACCGAUUCCGUCGUCAAGUGUUAGAAACAUUUGGCUGCCUCAAAAGCCCGGAUGUGGUUAAUGGUAUGGGUGUCUGCACUAAAAAGCGUAGAACCGCCUCCGUAUCUCAUACUGAUGACUCCAAUUUCAAAUAG